AUGAAUCAAUCUCCAAGUGGCGAGGGGAUCCAGUCUCAUACGGGCUCGUACAGCCCCGCGUCCCCGGUGCCCUACCCGGGCAGCCAAAUCUACUCCGGCAACGUCGUUCCCUACGGCAGCUCCUCGCUGCUCGGCGCGAACGUCCUCCCCGUGCCCUUCCACUCGCCGCCCGCGCACCCAAACGCGUCCGUGCUCCCGCCGCCCGCGGAGCAGAGCCCGCGCGUGCCGCACACGCCGACGCCCGGGCCGUCGAAGCGCAAGGGCGAGGACGCGGCGGGGUCGACGACGGGCCCGCGCAAGCGGCGGCAGUACGUGCCGGUCGGGAGCGGGCUCGACGGGAUCGAGCGCGACGAGGCGGACUUGGGCCCGAACGGCGGCCCGAAGCACUGGACGGACGGCGAGAAGGACAGUCUGUUCCAUUGGCUGCUGGAUAGCGACAAGAACUGGGACAUGUUCCGGUCGAAGAUGAACACGGUCUUCCGCGACGCCGCCACGCAGGUAUUCGGCUCGCGCAAGUCGUUCACCGCGCUGAAGAGCUGCUACCAUCGGAACGUCGAGACGUUCAAGCAGAUCUUCGCGUUCGAUGUCUACCUCGCACACAACCCCGGGACGAGCGGGCCGAUCAGCGGCGCUGCGUCAUUCGGGAACUUCAACGACUCGACGAUGGCGCGCCAGGUGCACCUCGAGCAGAAGCUCGACGACGCGCGCGCCGCGGGCGUCGCGGUCGCGAACCUCAACGUGAAGGUGAUCGAUCACUGGCACCAGAAGGGCUGGUACCAACUCUUCAAGAAACGAUACGUCGACGAUGGGACUGGACAAGCGGUGCCCUACUACGGCCCUACUACGAUGUCUUUCCCCGACGGCCCGACCGCCGCGCAGUACUCCAACGCGAGUAUCGACCCACAGCUCACGAACCAACAAGACGGCGAAGACGAUGAAGACGAGGAGGACGAAGCCGAGGAACAUCAGCAACAACCACCACUACCGCACCCUCAGCAGCACACCGAUGACUCUGUUCCACUUGAAGCCUCUCCACUGAACCCGCAGGGCACGAACGGCCCCCGCCCACCCGACACUAAUACCGCGAGCAUCCUCGCGCCACCGCCGCUCCCGCCCCAGCCCGAGCGCGAGCGCCGGCCACAGCCGCUCACGUCGCGGCGGUCCGUGCCGUCGUUCGCUGUGAGCCACCGCGAGUCGGUCGCGGAGCAGACGCAGGCGCAGACGGUGCAGGCGCUCGAGCGGCUGACGGCGGUGACGCAGGGGCUGGUUGAGCAGAUCACGGCGCUGAGCGCGCUGAUCGGCGCGCAGGCAGCGCAGGGGGGCGCGGUCGUGGGCAGGAAGGAGGACGGGCUGAAUAGGAAGGAGAAGGCGAGCUUGGCGACGGAGAUGCUGGCGAACCCGGAUGUGGGCGAGGAGGUGAGGAGGGCGGCGGCGGACUAUCUGAAGAGGCUGUUCAUGAGCGAGUGA